UUUAGACCAGCGUAAUUUCUACAUGUCUAUAGUUCACAUGAUUUACUUUGAAGACAUCCAUCUCUCAUGUGGACUUCAUCUUUGGACCAAAAAAGUUGUCUUCAGUUUGCUCAGUGUAUCCUAGAAGACCAGCCCCUGACCUUAGAUACCAGCAAAGGGGCCGUCAACAACAUGCGAGAAGAGAUUGCCAAAACUCUUCUCCGUGAAUCAGAAUCCCUCAAGAACCUGUGCCACCAUUGUGGGUCUGAGGAAACGGACGACAUGCUAUGGAUUAUAUGAAGAAUAUCAUAUAUGAGGCCUGUGUUCAGUUCUCCACUGACGAAGAGUAAUGACACACAGCACUUCUGGAUAUGCUGCAGUCCUGUGAAUUGAGGUGAAGUUAAAGGAAGAUGACACCAAAGAUGAAUCAAUAGCUCCAAACUAUCAAAUAUUGUAAUGGAUUGGGCUUUUGACCAAAUACAAAGCUAGAGCCUACAAAUGGGUACAGGAGCCAUGCUAAAGGUGUGAAGAUUGGUGAAAACCUGCACCACCAGAAGCAAGAUGAGCGUCUGUGAGCCCUGUGUGAGAGUCACUGAUGUAGGAACGAGAGAGAUAAGUAUGAGACUCCCUCUUGAAAGUGCAGGAGACCACAAUGGAAAUGCUUUUUCAGCGUGCUCCACUCCUUCUUCGUCAUCCUCGUCCUGUGUGGGAGAGUCUCCAGAGUCGGUGCACGCUCGGAGCAGCAUCAGCGGCGGGCGUACUGUCAGCCCACACGAUGAAAUACUCCAAGUCACCCUGACCACAACGUUAAUGACCCAAACCCAAGGCAUUGUUGAAGAUGUCCUUUUCAACCGUGUGCAGGAGGACAAAAGUAAAUUAGCCCAAAACAACGAUGCUAUGGCAAAUGAGCAGUCAGAUUCCAAUGACAACUCGAUAUCCAUCUACCUUGAUGCCAGCACUGGAGAACACCAAGAAACCUGGAAUGACAAUGCCAGCUUCGCCCUGUCCUUGACCUCCGACACUGUUGACCACGGUGAUCUUUGUAACAGCAGACUUGGAUCAUCCACUCCGGGUUCCGAGACCACAGCAAUUCUCGCAGAUGUAGACGACGACGAUGGUGAUGAUGAAGCUCUGUUUGUGUCAUUCAGCUCCGAACCUGGUGUACGGGGACCCAGCACAACGCUUACAAAGCCCCAGAGCGAGGGCGCUGGAGCUAUGAGUGUAGCUUCUGAGCCAAGGUCAGAGAUGCUGGUAGAAGACAGACAGGAUGUCUGUCCCCUGGUUCCACUUCACAUAAAACCUGAGGACAGUCGUGAUGCCGCCUCUCAAUCAUGUCUCAUGCCCUCUGCUAUCUCUGCUCUCCAAGACGAUAAGGACACUGGCGCUCUUUCACAUUGUGCUGGAAGGCUUGUGAUGGUCCCUCAACUGCGCAGCCAUCAAAGCAGUCUAAACCUCAAAGCAGACGUUUCAGAUUCACCCAAGGCGACUGCUUCCAAAGUUUCAAAUCAUGAGAAGAAGAGAUUUCCUAAACUAGGCUUUAAAAACCCUAAACUUGGGCCCCAGUCUACAAAUUCCUCACCAAAAGUACUUGGACAGAAUAAAGCGUAUUCAACAAUUGGGAGAAAUACUGUUCCCAGGAAGAAUGAAGUGGAGCCCUGUCAUGGGGAUAAAAGGCCAAGACCAUCCGCUGGUACCGUCAGAGUGGCUCUGGGGUUUAAACCCAUGCGAGGACAGAGCAGUAACUUCGAAAGCGGCCCCAGGACAGCAACCAGUGCCUCUACAAAGUGGAAAAGGCAGCGUGCAAGCUUCAGUAGAAUAGCUUCAGACUGCCCCAGCGCCGUGGACUCUGAGGUGACUGCGGAAAAACUCACAAAGGUGGUCCAAGAAAUGUCACCUUCACCAAGUGAGGUACCUGGUGAAGAAUGUGUAGAGGGGACUGCUGAAGGCCCACCGACUCUGGCCAAUGUGGAAAAACCAGGAAAUCAUGGUUUGAAGGUCUCCAAACUGGGGCCCAUUGCAAGGCAGCAGGGAAAAAGCAGCAGACUCGAUAAGGCACCACCUCCGGCAACUCGACCUCCAGCACCGGGGAGCCCCAAGCCCCGGCGAACUCACACUGAUGGAGCCAUGUUAAGAGACGUUGGCCAGGGUGCAGGGGAUGGAUCUCCAAUGAGAGUCAAACACUUGCAGACCCUGGGUGUAUCAAAAUCCCGCACCCCGACUUCAUCAACCACACCGGGACCUUCACAUUCCAGCUCCAGAUCCACAGCGGCCCUGCAACCAGCAUGUGGGCGACCCCUCUUAAAUGCGCCAUCAAAACUUCCUGUGAAAGGAUUACAUUCCAGCCUUGGUUCUUCACGGCUGGGAUGCAAAGAGAACUACGCCUCAUGCAAAGCUUCUCAAACAUCCACAUGUACCCUGGUUUCACCAGACACCAGAUCAGAUGAGAGGCUCAGCAAAUGCAAUCCUCAGACUGGGACAAAACCCAUUGGCCCCAGUAGUUCCUGUAACACUGUUAUCAACUUGAACAACAUUUGUAUUACUGCUGUCCCAAAGGCUCCUGCAAUGAGAAAUCGAGCACAGUCACUGCAGUCCAGAACAAAAGCUUCAGGUCUGAAGACCCCCUCGGGUAACAAUUCCAACACGACAAAGACACUAGCAUUUCCUCAAACGGCAAAGAUUUCUUCAAGCGUCAGUCAGGAGCUGACAAGGCAGACGUCCCAUCCAUUGCAAAGAAGUGGCUCUGCAAGACUCGCUCGACUUAACAGCACAGUUGACAAAAACAAACCCCGGGAUGCACCAACAAGAUCCACACCUGCAGCAGGGACCAACCAGAGCCAGCAGGAUUCACCACGAGAUCUGGUACCAGUUACCCCAGUGCCCGUCCCAGCGUCCACCAGCACAGAGUUAGGCUCCGCAGCACCCCCUCUUCUUGGGUGUAAAGCAAGACCCAGGUCACGGUCUAGCCCCAAACACGGAGCCCGUCCGCAGGGCGCAUCCAAGCCCAGUGCGGCGGGAGCUAAUAGUGCAGACAUUGUGUUCACGGCUAAAGAGAAUCACCACACGGAACUUGUGGAGAAGAAGAACCAGUCCAUAAGCCAGCUUCGGAAGCUUCUUCUCCAAGGCAACAAGAGAGUGGAGGCUCUCGCUACAGUCGUCCAACACCUCUUUAUUCAGCGUGAGGAGACUUUAAAGCAGAAGAAGGAUUUGUCAACAGAAGUGGCAAACCUCAGAGACGAGCUCGUGGCAUCGUCUCAGUGCUGUGAGCGUUUGCACACGGAGAAGCAGGAGGUGCGCGUCCAUUUGGAGGAGGCCUUGAAAAGGCUUGAGGAGCAGCACAAGGAGGAGCUGGUGCAACUGGAGGACAGAUUGAGGAAUUUUUACCAAACGGAGUGGGACAAGGUCCAUAAAACGUACCAAGCAGAGGCUGACAAAUGUCGCAUGUUGAUGGAGCAACAGGUGGAGGAGCUGCGGGGCAAACAGGAAGCUGAGAGGAAAAACCAGGAAGCGAGUCAUAGCCACAUGAUGGAGUCUCUCAAACAACAGCAUGAGACGUCUCUGCAAGAGUUAAAGAAAAUAGAGAAAACCAAUCUGGAGAACCUGGAAAAAACGCUAAAGGAGACAGAAACCACUCUUUCAGACCAAAUAUCAAUGCUGUUAGCAGAGAAGGAGGCCCUGAAUGAGAAGCUGUUAGCAGAGGAGGAGAGGAGGCGGCGGAUACUCACAGACAACAAUCUGAGGGACUCCCGCACGGUGUACCUGGAGCAGGAGCUGGAAAGUCUGAAGGUUGUGUUGGAGAUGAAGAAUAAUCAGCUGCACCAGAAGGAGAAGAAGUUAAUGGAGAUGGACAAACUGGCGGAAACAAACGUCAAACUUGAGGAGUGUCUGAAUAAAGUUCAACAGGAGAACGAGGACUACAAAGCCAGGAUGGACAAACAUGCUGCUCUCUCAAAGCAGCUCUCCAGCGAGCAGGCCAAACUCCAGCAGACGCUGCAGAAAGAGUCCAAGGUCAACAAGCGUCUGUCGAUGGAGAACGAGGAGCUGCUGUGGAAGCUGCACAACGGUGACCUGCUGGGCAGCCCUCGUCGCCUCUCCCCCACGUCCCCCUUCAGCUCGCCACAGAACUCUGCCUCCUUCCCCGCAGCUGCGCCCUUAUCUCCCAGAUAACGGCCUCCGUAUCCUCCACUCGUAUUGAUCUCCGAAAAAAGCAAACAUUUGCUUUGAAAGCAGAGAGAUGGUGGAUGUUCUGUGAGCGUGGGACUUGUUUUUGUGCUUCUGACGAUCAACAAACUCCUUUUUCCUCAAGAAAACAACAGGCACACCUCAGGGUCUGUAUAUAAAACACCUAUCCUUAUAUUUGUUACUUUUUGACAAGAAAAGGUGACGGCGUCUGCACUUGGUUGAGAUUCUGCCAACUGCCAGGGAAGUGUACAUGGAAUGUUUUGCCUUUAUGCUUCUUGCUUGAAAGCUGUUCCUUUCCUCCCAAAGAGCGAAGCUCAAUCACUUGGCUGAAGUGAAAGAACUUCAUGUUCAACUUCCUUGAACCUUCUGUGUUUGCCCCUUCCAACCUUACUCUUACUAUGUGGAAUGUAAUCCUCCUUGGAUGUUAAAUCUGGACAGACCAGAUCCAAGCCCAUCAUGUCGUACAUCGUAUGUACGGCACUAACUGACCUUGUAAAGUCAAUGCAAUGCUCGGAAACCUCAAAUGUACCCAGGAUGCCUCAGCAGGUUCUCUUUCUUUUGAAAUACAGUAUAUUAUGACACCA